AAAAAAGAAACAUUAAAUGAUUGUGGUUCCUAAUAAGAUCAGACUCAUAAGUCUUCAUAAAAUCAUAAAGAGGUCACUGGAACUGCAAGCAUAAAUAAGUGUUACUCUGGGGAGAAGCCCCUGGGGACUCCCAGCUCACAGCACAGGCCUCCAGGUCUCACGUUCCUCUGAAGGAUCAGACUAACAGGAAUUUCAGAAAGAAUCUGUCAGGACCCUCACUGAUGUGAGCUGCAGUGAGGCAACAGGAAAGGUUCCUGCAGAAAGUAACCUGUUUGAAGCCGUGAAAGAAAGGAUCAGGACAAAUGGUCACAGUGAAGCUUUCACAGUGGAGGAUAUCAACAAGCAAUUGUUUUAUUGAGCCGUGCCAGGAACUCACUGAACAACGUAUUCAUAAAUGAUGUAGAAAAAGGGUGAACAGUGAGAUAAAGUUUGCUGGCAGAGAAAUAAAGAUGAGGUCUGAAUGCCAAGAAUCAUAAAAGGAUCUUGCAAGUCUUAACAGGCAAAAGGAAUUCAGUGCAAAUAAACAUUACAAUGCAAAUAAAAGGAAAAUCAAUUUUACACGCACAACUAUCUCUGAGCUGAUUUACUGUUCAAGAGUGGUAACAGCCCUAAAAACAGCAAUUUGAUGCUCACUGCUGCUUCAUGAAGCAAAAUGCACAUCAACUUUUUUUUUUUUUCCCUUUGGAGAGGGUAGGGGAGAUGAAGAAGAAAACAUUACACAGUCCUGUACAAAUUAAUGAGCUGUCACCUCCAAUACUGCCUCUCAUCUCAAAUACAAUUAUAGAAACACAGAACAUCCCUGGUUGGAAUAACACAUAAGAGAAGCGGAAUGACGUGCAGAAACAGUUGACAAGAAUGUUGAAAAUUUGCAAUGUCUUUGAUUCAAGGAAUCACUAAAUAUAAAACAUAAGACAACCUGUUAGGUUUAAAACAGAUCUAUUAAAUCAAACGUAGAAUGGAAAGAGUGAGUAGGAAAUACUACUCAGUCUGUAAUUUGUGUAAACAGCAACCAAAAACAGAAGCAGUACCUGUUGACUCAGACUCAUUAUUGUUGACUAUACUGCUGAAACUGAAAACUUAUCAUGGUAAUUUUUAAAACAACAUUUCCUAAUCUGAAUAGAGAAAAAGAGGCAAGAAUCAGUCACAAGUUCAUGGAGCCACGAGUGACAAGUUUGUCCUAGAAGCUGCUUAAUAUUGCUGGUUUGCAAUAAAUCUGAUGACAGAACUGACCCAUAACAAACUGCAAUCCACACAUACAGAAGCACUGCUAGAUUGUAUCACAGAUCCACUGGAACUUCUGCCUGCUUAUGAUUCUUCUGUGAGUUUCACUGACCUGAAAUCAAACUAUAUUGACACAUUUCCAUGCUAUAAAACUGGGAAAUACAGGAGGAAAUCUAAGUAUAACACCAUUUGUUGCAUUCCUGCUAAGCACAUGGGAGCAGUGAUUAACAAAAAUAAGUUAACGAUCCAGCUGCUCUUCAGUCAUUGCCAUCCAUAGAGCUUGCUCUGUUUUGUGACCUUACUGCGUUACACUCCACCAGUCCAGAAGUAUUUUUUUCUCAGUAAAAAUGAACUAACUUGAAGCUAUGUUUUAUGUUACAGAAAUAACCAGAGGGUACACAGCACUCCAUCUCCUACUCAACUUGCCCAGUGCCUGCAGAGCUGCGAUGUCCACUUGAGGCAAAUCUCAGAGAAGUCAGCCGGCUUCACAGAGUAACACAGAAGAGUGUCUCUAUCUUGCACAAUGUAAAACACCAGAUAAAGCCUGAAAUGAGUCACUGCAACUGUGACCACCUGGUACACUCAAGUCAACAGUCUGAUGAUGACUUUCCACCUACAUCCAUUCUUUUUGAAUACUGUCUCAACACAAAGGACACAGCCAAAUCUGGCUGGAUGCCUCUUCACAUAGCUGCAGGGUCACUGAAUGCAGAGGCAACAGCAACUUUAAUUGCAUCUGGAGCAAACACCAAUUCUACUAUUACAACUUGUGGCAGAACUGCCCUCCACAUUGCAGUGUGUGCAGCAUCAUCCAAAGCAAGCAGAAUUUUAGGUGUCAACAUAGAUUGCAUCUCUUUACUAUUAAGUAACGGAGCCAAUGUAAAUAUCCAGGAUCACGAAGGACGAACAGCUGUGCACGAGGCCUGCUCAGGGGGUAGAAGGGAAAUAGUCCAUCUCCUGUUGGAGUAUAAAGCAGACAUGAACAGUCUAACAAGAGAUGGGCAAUCUCCAGUCUUUCUUUUUCUUCAAAAGAGAUCACAUUUAAAAGACAGAGCACUGCUGAACAAGUUGCUGGGAUUCUCAUAUCCACUGAAGUUAAGAGAUAAUCAAGGAAAUCUACCCACUGGCCUUCUGUUCUCAGAAUUCCAAAAGCUGAAGGACUUCCUUCUAACAUUAUCGCAGAAAUUACUGUCCCUGGAGGAUAUCUGCAAGAUCACUGUUAGAAGAAUAUAUGGAGAGAACAGCAAGUACUGGCUCAAAACCAGGCUUCCAGCAACUGUAUGGAAAUCAUUAUACAGCUAUCAGAAUGUAGGAAAACUCGCCUGUGAUGACACUGAACGGGAAAGCAAACCGAGAUACUGUAAACCCUGAACAGCCUUAGAGAAAUUAAAAUUGAUCCAGAAUGAAGAUUAAUGUUGUGUUUUCUAAAGCAGCUCCAAAUUUUCAUUUGCAGAGUUUUAAUUACCAAGGUAAUAUUUACACUGAUCUCCUCAAAGAGCUGCCAUCUCUUUGUGCAGAAAGCUUCUGAAGGAAGCACAGCAGAAUACAUACUCACUUCACUGCUAGUGGAUUACGCGAGGUUAAGCAGGAGUGAGGGGGGGGAAAAAGCAAGGUGUAGUCAACCUACACUUCACAUUUAAGCUAGCCUGUAAGUUAAAACUACUCUUAUGAUUAAAGUUCAAAAAAAAAAAAAAAAAAAAGAAAAAGCCACA